GCCAAACACUUGCCUCAGCACAACUUCGGCUGCUCAUGGCCUUGUCUCCUGCCCGUGGCUGCACUGAGAUAUAAAUCCAUGGCUAAGUGUCUCCAAAGACCAUCGCUGCACCAACAGGAGAAAGCAUUCCAAGCUCGAGGCGACAAAAGAAUCUCUUCAGUUUUCAGUAAUCAGAAACACAAGAAGCUACCAUGGUGAGUGACACAAGACUUGCUCAGCUGGCGAAGAAGUGGCAGAGGAUGGUGGUCUGCGGGUGGAAGAGGCUCACCUGGUCGUCGGCGGUGGUGGAGAAAGAAACCGAAGGGUCCUGUGGUACGUCGUACUCGAUGUAGGCUGGCAAGGGCUGCCGCGUUGUGUACAGGAAGACCAAAACUUGGGGAAAUAGUGUAAGAAAAGUCUAAACCUACUCCAGCCAUGACUUUCUGCAUAAGAAAAGUAUGCAUCCCAAGACCAGAGCUUGGGAACAGUAAUAUCAUACAUCAUAUAUUGUGAAGUAAGUCAGUUCAUAUAUUGUGCUUGUGGUGUGGGAUCAGGUACUCUCCGGCCAUUCCGCCAUCGUUCCCAUCCACUGUCACCCCGCUCGACCAAUAUGGCUCAGCUUGGGCACCUUGCCCGACGCGUUGUAGCAAUACUUUGCCUAUUGAUUUUCCAACUAUCGUCAUCUGAUUCUCGUGCUCAUGCAAGGAUAUCAACUGGGACUGGAACCUGCAUCAGCAGAGAGCGGGAUGCGCUUCUGUCCUUCAAGGCAAGCCUUCUGGACCCUGCUCGCCAUCUCUCGUCAUGGCAGGGCCAAGAUUGUUGUCAAUGGAACGGAGUCAGGUGCAGCAACAGAACAGGCCAUGUCGUCAAGCUCAACCUCCGCAACACGUAUGGCUACAGCGUGUACGACAUCUUGAGCUUGUCAACAGAUGAGAUGAGCUCCUCUUUGGCUGACUUACAACAGUUGAGGUAUCUUGAUCUGAGUUGGAAUGACUUCAAUGGCGCUAGCAUACCUGUUUUUGUGGGCUCUCUGAAGAAUCUAAGGUACCUCAACCUCUCGUCCUCAGCUUUCGGUGGGAGAAUACCUUCACAGCUCGCUUUGGCGGCCGCUUAGCCGUCACCAGGAUCGCGACGCCAUCACCUCCAUCAUCGCCGACCUUCGCUCGUUGGCUCUCUGCUUUGCUCCGCCGCUCCCUCCACCACCUCCCGAGCCGGAUUAGAUCCUUCGUCGCUGUCUCGAACGCUGCGGUUGUCCCGCCCCCUUUGUUUAUUUUCAGGGCUUGUUGAGCUGUGCCCUCAGCAGAACCCCUUGUACUUCCUGUUGUGGUACUUUGUGUGUGUGUGGGUGAACCUUGUUGUACUGUAUGGCUCUGGUGGUUUGCUUUAUCUAUAAAGCAGGGCGAAAGCCUUUUUCGGUAUUUGGGAGUUGUUGUUAGCAAAUAAUCAAAUUACAGGCACCAUUCCAUCAUCUAUGUGCCAACUGACUCGUCUGAGAAGGUUGGACCUAUCGGGAAACAAUUUAACAGGAAAUGUUAUGCAGUGCUGGAAGGAGUCAGAUACAAAUUCUUCAGUGUUCAGCUUCAACCCGGCAUAUCAAUUUGGCUCUACCAUGUAUAGUCUAGCCUUGAGCAAUAAUGAUCUCUCAGGUGAAUUCCCUAAAUUUCUCCAGGGUGCCUCACAGUUGAAGUUCCUUGAUCUUUCGUACAACAGGUUCUUUGGAACAUUGCCAAAGUGGUUACCAGAAAAAAUGCCAGACUUGCAAAUCUUGAGGGUGAGAUCAAAUAUGUUCAGUGGCCAUAUUCCUAACAAUCUUACUUGCCUUAAAAGUCUUUGUUUUUUGGACAUAGCCCAUAACAAUAUAUCAGGAACCUUACCAUUGUCGCUAUCAAACUUGAAAGCAAUGAAAUACAUAUCUCAUAUUAAGGGAGAUGAGUAUGUUUUUGAGGAGAGCAUACCAGUAAUCACAAAAGGCCGAACACGUGAAUAUUCCUUUCAAGUCUACAACCUAUUGGAGAAUCUUGAUCUAUCUUGUAACAGUUUAACGGGAAAGAUUCCAGAGGAGAUA